AUGGGUGGAUUCUCUAUUCAAUUUGCCGAUUCAGAUCCUAUCAUCGCUACUCAUGAGAUACCCUCUAUAAAAGAUCUUCCGAAGGGAAUACGAUCCCCACAGGAUCUUCAGAAGUCGAUGCAGAGGAUCUCGAAUGCGAUUGGCAAAAUCGACUGGGCAUUGGAUAGAUCCAAUACCCUUGCCAUCGAAAAAGCAAACAGGAUGGUUUCCCAGGGCCAUUUAAAGGAUGAAAGAAUCUUCAACAUGCCAUACACGGACUGGGUUGGAAACCUGACUGUUCUUUGUGGCAGUCUAUGGGUAGUAGACGCGAGUCAGCUUCUCCUUGCCCGUGAGAUGGGAAUAAUUGAUAAACUGCCCUACAUGUCGCAGGAUUCCCUAGAUGAUCAUAACAGCGGUGAUCUUGUCGUCAACAUUUUAGCAUUACUUCAGAUAUCGUGGAUGUUCACUCAGCUUGGUGUGCGAUUAAGCCGACAUCUCCCAACAAGCCCGCUCGAGAUUUUUACCCUAUAUUUCGCAAUCUGCUCUUUGAUCACAUAUGUCAUGUUGAUCAGUAAGCCCCAAGAUGUCCGGACAGCAUAUACCAUCAAAGCUGUCAGACAUCCUUCCGCGGAAGACUUGAUCUACAUGGCCAAUGCUGGCCCGCUGAGCUAUGGUCCCAAAUACAACGUCUGGAUACCCAAUAACGCCAUGCAUAGAGAUGUCCGAAAUAAAGCGCCAGGAUACGCGAUGAGCAUGGCUUGCUUGUUUGCUCUAGUUCUAUUCGGCGCUACCCACUGCAUAGCAUGGAACUUUGAGUUCCCUACAGCCCCGGAGAAAUUAUUCUGGCGUCUGAGCUCGGUGGUAACGGCUGUUGCCAUGCCAUUUGCCUAUCUGAUUGAUCGGAUCUUGUAUUCAAGUUUUUUGAAGGUGUUCAAGAUCGAAAGUCAACCAAAGAUAUUAGAAUUGGUUGAGAAAUUUCUGAUGGUGCUCAUCGUGGUCGUGUUUAUUCUGGCGAGACUGUUUAUAACAGUCGAGGUCGUUCGCUCAUUGGCCUUUCUUCCUCCAGGCGCGUUUAUAGGUAGCUGGACAGCUAACAUCCCCCACGUUGAUUGA